GGAACGUACAUGCUAUCACAUACUGGAUGCACAUACACUUACUAUCGCAAAACGGAUGGCUUUAUCUCGAGCCGCAGGCCCGCAUCAAACAACAGACAGCAAAUCCUUGAUGUGCAUCUAUCGUUGGUGAUGAAAAUAAGUGACUCACUCAUUCCAAUUUUUGGGCUGUUGAGUCAGAGGAGAAAGAUUGUGUAUCUUUCAAUGACUUUCGAGUGAGUUAGAGGAGCUUCAAAAUCGACACCAUGGUAAAGGACAGGCUUCAGGAGCUCAACAUAAUACGGGACAACGGCUCUGAGGAGGAUCUGAGUCGACGGAAUGAUCAGAAUCAGGGCGAGUUCUUCGCUCUCAUCGAAGAGAUCCGACAUGACCUCGAAAUAUUGGGCUCAAACAUUGAGGGAUCAAAGAAAAUCCAAAACAAGAUCAUUUCUGAUCCCUUAAAUCGGGCUAAGCUCCAGGCUGAUCUGUCUGAUGUGAAGCAGGCCAUCAAGAAAAAGGCCUCCAUGAUCAAGACCAAACUGAACCAAGUGGCCCAAAUUAGUGCCAAGGAUGAGUCCUCCACAGCUGGCCGGAUUCAAAAAACGGUCUUGACCACCACAGUUCAAAACUUUGUCGAGUCCAUGCGGAAUUACAACGGUAUCCAGGCGGAUCAUCAAGACAAGGUCAUUGGUCAGAUUCAAAGGAUGAAGGACAUUGGGGCCGUUGAUGAGGAUAGAGAUACCGAAACGGGCACUGAGCUCAUGCAAGCACAAAUGGCCAAGCAACAAUUGAACGAUCUGGAGGCUCGGUUUUCCCACUUUACCAAGUUGGAGGAUUCCAUCGAGGAGAUGCGCGACAUGUUUUUGGACAUGAACAUGUUGGUAGAAAGCCAAGGCGAAGUUAUCGAUCGAAUCGAGUCGCACGUUCAAAAUGCUGAGGUGGAUGUGGAACAUGCGGCCGAGCAGACCAAAAUCGCUCGCAAAUAUCAAUCCCUGGCUCGGCGAAAGAAAAUUUAUCUGAUCACUUGUGUCGUUCUCACCCUAGUCAUACUCAUAACAGCGGUUCUCCUAGCAAUAUUUUUGUAAUCAGAACAUGUUACUCCGAGAUAAAUUGCCUCACAACAUC